ACCUUUCCCAGAAGUCUUUGCGGUGAACUGUCACCUAAAAUGUCAGCGGCCUAAGAACUCAUGCACCGGGGUUACCGCAGUACUAUUUACUGUAAGAAUAAGUUCGUUUUAUCGUCGCGACAGCCCGCCAAUGGUCCGCCGAUGUGCCAACAGCCUGCGUUUCAUUAAGGCCAACGCAGAAGUAUUCCGCAGACCGCUGCUAGCUAGCUAGCCGUUAGCCAUGUCUCCUUCACACUCGGCUUAGAGACAACAUGUCGUUUUCUCUCGCGACGCGGUGGUGCGACGCACCGCUAAUGAGGCGUGUGUUACAGUUCAAGGGCUACAGGAGGAAAAUACAAAGCUGCAACAACAUGACCUACACGCUGUUCAGACACCGCUGGAUGAAGAGGCUGCCCGUGUUCUCCAGCGGCUUGAAGAUGGCCAGCACACAAACGGAUACUAUUGACCUGUCCAAGUUCCCUGUGGAUAGAAUCAGGAACUUUUGCAUCAUUGCUCAUAUUGACCAUGGAAAAAGCACUUUGGCUGACAGGCUGUUGGAGAUGACCGGCGCCAUAGUAAAGACGCAGAAGAACAAACAGGUGUUGGACAAGCUUCAGGUGGAGCGGGAGAGAGGUAUAACAGUGAAGGCCCAGACGGCCUCGUUGAUUUACAGCCACCAGGGACAGCAGUACCUCCUGAACCUCAUCGACACGCCGGGUCACGUUGACUUCAGUUAUGAAGUGUCCCGAUCCAUUUCCGCGUGCCAAGGUGUCCUGUUGAUUGUCGACGCCAAUCAGGGGAUUCAAGCGCAGACGGUGGCCAACUUCUACCUGGCUUUUGAAGCUCAGCUGGCGAUCAUCCCCGUCAUCAAUAAGAUUGAUUUAAAAAAUGCUGAUCCAGAGAGGGUGGCGUCGCAGAUUGAAAAGGUGUUUGAUAUCCCCUGUAACGAAUGCAUUAGGAUUUCAGCCAAGCUUGGAACGAAUGUCGAGGCGGUUCUUCAAGCCGUUGUGGACAGAAUCCCACCGCCUGUAGCGAGCAUCGACGACCCGUUUAAAGCCCUCGUGUUUGACUCCAACUUCGACCACUACAGAGGAGUGGUGGCCAACAUCGCCGUGUUCGGGGGUCGGGUCAGAAAAGGGGACAGGAUCGUGUCAGCCUAUCUCGGGAAAAGCUACGAGGUCAACGAGCUGGGGAUCCUCCGGCCAGAUGAGCACCCGACUCAGAAGCUGUUUGCAGGCCAAGUGGGCUACAUGGUAACCGGGAUGAAGGAUGUGAAGGAGGCCCAGAUCGGUGACACACUCUACCUCAAAGAGCAGCCGGUGGAAACUCUUCCAGGCUUUAAACCAGCCAAAGCCAUGGUCUUUGCUGGCAUGUUUCCGACGGACCAGUCGGACUACCCGGGCCUUCGCAGCGCCAUUGAGAGACUGACCCUGAACGACUCGAGUGUCACAGUGCAGAGAGACAGCAGUAUGGCCCUGGGAGCGGGCUGGAGACUCGGCUUCCUGGGCCUCCUCCACAUGGAGGUGUUCAAUCAGCGGCUGGAGCAGGAAUACAACGCCUCCGUUAUAGUGACGGCGCCCACCGUGCCCUACAAGGCGGUCCUCUCUUCACCCAGACUCAUCAAGGAACACGGCAGUAAGGAGAUCACCAUCGUGAACCCCGCUCAGUUCCCAGACCGAUCGGUUGUGUCUGAGUAUUUGGAGCCCAUGGUGCUGGGAACCAUCCUUUCUCCAGACAGUUACACUGGCAAGAUCAUGAGUCUCUGCUUGAAUCGCAGAGGGAUCCAGAAGAACAUGGUGUACAUAGACGACAAGCGUGUCAUGAUGAAGUACCUCUUCCCUCUAAAUGAAAUCGUUGUGGAUUUCUAUGACCUCCUCAAGUCUCUGUCUUCUGGAUAUGCCAGCUUUGACUAUGAGAAUGCAGGCUACCAGGCUGCUGAUUUGAUCAAGAUGAAUAUUCUGCUGAAUGGGCAGCCUGUGGAGGAACUCAUCACCAUUGUACACAGGGGUCGUGCGUACAGCGCAGGGAAAGCCAUGUGCGAGCGACUCCAAGACUCCAUUCCACGGCAGAUGUUUGAGAUCGCUGUGCAGGCAUCCAUCGGAAGUAAGGUCAUCGCAAGGGAAACAAUUAAGGCGUACAGAAAAAAUGUCCUCGCUAAAUGUUACGGGGGUGACAUCACGCGGAAGAUGAAGCUGCUGAAGAAACAGGCCGAGGGUAAAAAGAAGAUGCGGCUCAUCGGCAACGUGGAAGUCCCCAAAGACGCCUUCAUUAAUGUCCUGAAGAGGAAAGACAAAUAGACUGCAAUAAUAUUCUUAUAUAGAAAUGUCAUUAUCAUAUGCAACCGGUCUUUAUGAUGAGAAAGGCCGCGCUAGAUUUGCUCUGAAUAAAGUGCUCAUCAAUC